AUGGAGCUCGCGUACCUGUACACGAAGCAGAGAGAAAGCUUUGGGCGCUACUGCGACUUCCGCAACGUGGACGCCAAGGUGCUGGAGAGCAUUCCGUGCACGGACGCGCUGGAGAAUGACUACGUACGGCGGAGACCGAUGGUCACCCGGCUUGACACAACGCCGCACAUGUCCGAGCACGAAGUUAAUACGGAGAGGCUAGUGACUAAGCACAGCAGCAUGCGUCACGUGGAAGGCGGCUGGCCCAAGGAUGUUGAUCCGGCCGAGCAAAGCGACGUGCAGCGAUUCCGAAAGAAAGCCGAGAAAGAUGAUGACUACAAACAGGCAGUCAAGUGCCUUGGACCCGUGGUAGACCGCGCACUCAAGCAGAACAACACAAUCAACAUCUACCAGGACUACUUUGCGCACAUGGGCGAGGCCGCCACGACAGAACAGCCCAGUGCAAAGGGCCUUGCAGUCUUUCGUGAUCCAGAGCCCGAUCCCAAGUUUGCGUCGGCGCGGUUGCCGGCAAACUCGUACAUUUGGGAUGUGGUGAACCCGAACACCCCCGAGACGACACUCAAGCCAGCGUCUCCACUCGUGUGCAUGCGCUACAACCCAAAGUCCGUUGACCAACUCGUCGCUGGAUCGUACAAUGGCCUCAUCUCGUUCUUUGAUCUGCGCAAGUCCGGCGCCGCACCGGCGGAGACGUCAAUCAUUGAGCACUCACACCAUGACCCAGUGUACGACGUCUUCUGGAUCUCAAGCAAGACGGGCAACCAGUGCUGCUCCGUCUCGACGGACGGCUGGAUGCUCUGGUGGGAUAUUCGUCACCUUGCGCAGCCUACACACAAGCUGCUUCUAACCGACAAGGACGGUCUAGCCUUCGGUGGGUCGUCCAUGGAAUACAACACGGAGGCUGGCCCCACCAAGUACCUUGUGGGCACGGAGCAGGGCGCUGUCUUGAGCGUGAAUCUGCGUAACGCGAAGCAGAACAACGGAAUCACCCUUUACGACACUGGAGCCGGCAAGCACCACGGGCCCGUGUGCGCCAUCCAGCGCAAUCCGACGCACAACAAGUUCUUCCUCACGAUCGGCGACUGGACAGCUCGCCUGUGGUGCGAGGAUCUCAAGACCCCCAUCAUGAGCACGAUCUACCACGACUCGUACGUGACAGCAGGCUGCUGGUCGCCCACGCGCGCCGGUGUCUUCUUCGUCACUCGCAUGGAUGGAGUCGUGGACAUCUGGGACUUCUUCUACCGCCAGAACGAGGUGGCGUACUCGCACAAGGUCGGGGAUGUGGCUCUCUCGUCCGUGAGCGUGCAGGGCAACGCUGGCUCCGGCGGGAAGCUGGUCGCUGUUGGCGACUGUAAUGGCAUGAUCUCUCUCAUGGAGCUCUCGGACGGCCUCGCAGCCUCGCAGCCCAAUGAGAAGGCGGCCAUCAACGGCAUGUUCGAGCGCGAGACAAAGCGGGAGAAGAACCUGGAGGCCAAGGAGAAGGAGCUGCGUCGCAAGAAGGCCACGAUGGAGGAAGGGGCCGCGGACGACCGCGGUGGCAGCCUCAAGGACGACAAGAUGGAGGAGCUGCUGCGCACGGUGGACGCCAACUUCCUGGGCAUGAUCAAGGAAGCCGAGGACUCGGAGAACAAGAACAUGGAGCACAAGGGCGGCGACGCGCUGGGCGGCAAGGGCGAUGAGGAUAAUCAGUAG